AUGUCGGAUUUUGAUCAAUUCGAUACCGCCAAGAGCCAGCAGGCUGAGAAGGAGAAGGAGCCAGAAAAGCAAGGUGAAGAAACAGCACAGGGUGGGCGCAGAAAUGGAGCAGCUCCCAAAGACAACCCGGCAGGGUCUGACCCUGGAUCAUCACCGACUGAUGCGGUGGGUUCGGUGGCCAAUACAGCGGAGAACGCAGUCGGUCAAACGACCGGACAAGUUGGGCAGGCUACUGAAGGAUUACAAAAAACAAUCACGGGCCUGACCAAAGCUGAUACGGAUGCGAUGGCUGGCUCGUUGAAGAUCCACGUAAAGUUGGCCCUGGAGGUGGAUAUUCGCAUCAUUGCUAGGUUGAAGGGCGACAUUGCUAUUGGUAUUUUGUGA